AAGUCUUUUCCCCCCUCUGCUCUGCUCUCCUCAGUGCUGCUCUGCUUCUGCUUCUGCUUCUUCCGCCUGCUGGAACCACGCAUGUGUUGCUCCGUGCUGCAGCAACGUGCAUCAGCUCCUCUCUGACCUCUCACUGCUAAUCUGCAUUCAGACUGACGCUCUGAAUGCUUUUGUUUUUUGUUUUCUUUUUCAGCUGCUCGAUAUUAAGAGUAGCAUAUUACAGGAGGGGGGCUUCUUCUCCGUCUGUGGCAGUAGGUUUUCAGGGCCCUGUUUUUUAGGCUUCCGAUCCGGCAACAGACGCGCAAUAAGUAAAAAAAAAAAAAAAAAACGCUUGAUCCAGCUUUCUUUCUGCUCGCAUCGAUUUUUGCCACCGCGCGUCCGCCUCGGGUCUUCUACAAUUUGCAAAGACCCGCUGCCGCCUGUAACGUGCGUAAUGUAUCGUAGAGAGGAAACACAGUAAAUAAGACUGGACACGUCCAUCUGCAAUAAAAAAACAAAAAGAGGAAACGAAGAUGGUGAUGAUGAUGAUGAUGAUGGCUUCGCCACAUUUAGCCUGCAAAUGCUCGACAGCGAUGGCGAAGCCUUCCCUUCCUCUGAAGCUGUUUCUCUGGCUGUUUAUUGUCGUUAAUCUCCCUGCAAGCUCCUUCCAGACUGAGGAAGACGAUGAGGUGGCUAACAAGACGUGGGUGCUGACUCCCAAAGUGUACGAGAGUGACGUCACGCACAUCCUAAACAGCCUACUAGACGGAUAUGACAACAAACUCAGACCUGACAUCGGAGUCAAACCAACGGUGAUCCACACAGACAUGUUUGUCAACAGCAUCGGCCCAGUAAAUGCCAUCAAUAUGGAAUACACCAUCGACAUCUUUUUCGCUCAGACCUGGUACGACAGGAGGUUAAAAUUCAACAGCACGAUGAAGGUCCUGCGUCUCAACAGCAACAUGGUCGGGAAGAUCUGGAUCCCGGACACCUUUUUCCGCAAUUCGAAGAAGGCCGACGCCCACUGGAUCACCACGCCCAAUCGCAUGCUUCGAAUCUGGAAUGAUGGCCGGAUACUCUACACCCUCAGGUUGACCAUCGAUGCUGAGUGCCAGCUUAAACUGAACAACUUCCCAAUGGAUGAGCACUCGUGUCCCCUGGAGUUUUCAAGCUACGGCUACCCCAGGGAGGAGAUUGUGUACAAGUGGAAGAGGAGCUCAGUGGAGGUUGGGGACAUUCGCUCCUGGAGGCUCUACCAGUUCUCCUUCGUGGGCCUGAGGAACACCUCUGAGAUUGUCAGGACUGUCUCAGGAGACUACGUGGUGCUGACCGUCUUCUUUGACCUGAGCAGGAGAAUGGGCUACUUCACUAUUCAGACCUACAUCCCAUGCACUCUGAUUGUUGUCCUCUCCUGGGUGUCGUUCUGGAUCAAUAAGGAUGCAGUACCUGCCAGGACAUCAUUAGGCAUCACUACUGUGCUGACCAUGACCACGCUGAGUACCAUUGCCAGGAAAUCCCUUCCAAAGGUUUCCUAUGUGACCGCCAUGGACCUGUUUGUGUCCGUCUGCUUCAUCUUCGUCUUCGCCGCCCUUAUAGAGUAUGGCGCGCUGCACUACUUUGUCAGCAACAGGAAGCCGAGCGCCAAAAAGGACAAGAAGAAGAAAAACCCGCUCCUCCGGCUCUUUUCCUCAAAGCAGACACCCACGGUAGACAUCCGUCCACGCUCGGCCACAGCCAUUCAGAUGAACAACGCCACGCACAUGCAGGAGCGAGACGAAGAGUACGGUUACGAGUGUCUGGACGGGAAGGACUGCACCAGCUUCUUCUGCUGUUUCGAAGACUGCCGCUCCGGAGCCUGGCGGCACGGCAGGUUGCACAUCCGCAUCCAGAGGUUAGACUCUUAUGCGCGCAUCUUCUUCCCCACUGCGUUUGGUCUCUUCAACCUGGUCUACUGGGUCUCCUAUCUCUAUCUCUAGGCCUGGGUGUGUACCCAGCCUCAUCAUACAGCUCAUUACAUUCUACAUCUGCUCUGUGCCAGCAAGGGACAUUUAGAAGGAGGGGACCCACUGAAAUACCCACCGAUUCGAUUUAAAGAAUUUCCUUUAAUCCCUUAGUUUUAAUCUCUUUGAAUUUUAGUAAUUCUAUUUGAUAACUUUGACAGACAUUGCAAAUGUUGUAGCACUACAUUUAACCACUAUGAGGAGGUUUGUAGAUGUGUUUUGAGAACAUUGAUUGUGUGAGCAAUUAAGAGGAAUCAUAAGUUUUGUUUUCAUGAUUUAGUUUUGGACUUUUUAUUUUGAAUUUCCUCUCCAUUUCUUCUCAAAGCGAUUUUUCCUAAUUACUUUAUUUUUAGACGAGCAAUUCAAAUAUAUAGCAAUUCAGAUCACAGCAAACCCCUAACAGAAAUAUCUAAAUGACAUUAAUUAUGUCUUAUUAUUUUGUUUUCAUUUGUAUUUUUCACUUAACAUACUAAAACACACAAUCUGAAGCACUUUAACAGAGCUGUGUUAGACAGUGAUGCUAAUUUAUUUUUUAUUUAGCUUUAAGUUUUGGCACAACUAAACAUUGCAUUUUUCAUGUGUGGUCGGAGAGAGAUGAUGCUGUUUAUGGACAAACUGUACAGACACUGUAUAUAUUUUACUAUUACAUAGUGGUUUACAUUUAUUGCAUGCACCUUUCAGGCCAAAAAUCAACAUCUUUUAUGGUCUUCUAUUGUUGGCUAUGGAAACAUUUAAAAAAAAAAGUGCACUGUUGAUUAGCAUUCAAGAUUUAAUUAUACUAUUUUCUAGGAAAAUUGGAAAAUGAAAUGAUAAAAAUGUGCCCGGUUUAUUCUUUUUAAGUUGAGGAAAUCAUCUUUGCAUACAGGUGGGAGGAUCGGCCCGGAAUUUCAGGCCAGAUAACUGGUUUAAUCAUUUUCCUCACAGCUAUUAGCUUACAGUAUAGACAACACUGACCUCUCAUCCUCUCCUCCAUUUGCUGUUAAAAGUGUGCAUUUGCAUAAUGACACACUGCUGUUGUAUUUUGGUUAUGCAAGCUUUUACAAGAGAAACCGUAUUAAAACAAGUUAGGUUUUCUUAUAAAAACGAAUCACUUUUUUGCCCUUUACAUUAGCAGAGUGAUCACUUCAACGGCGUAACCAGCGGGCGAGUUUCAAAUAGGGGAAUUCAAACUAAUCUACACUUUAAUGUGAAUGUCAAUACAGACAGCUUUUGGGUAUUUUGAAAUCCUUGCAGUGGGACAGGGUUCAUCCUAUGUGUCAUUCUUCUAAGAUGAGCAACAAAACAAACUGAUAAUAAAUAAACUUAAGAGCUUCAUUCAAAAGCAUCUGCUUGUGUCGAGAAGAGAUGUGUAGGCCUUAUUAUCAAGCAUCUCCCUUUCUGUCUCUUUAAGGAGAAACACAUUGGGAAUAUAAAUUAUUACAUUGUGAGGAAAUUGGUUCACUGGCUGGGCGGAAUUUCAUUCUUAUCUUUAAUUUGUUUUGACUUUUUUUCCAUUAAAAAUUAGCUUUGAAUGGCAUAAUGUGUGAAGAGAACGGAGAACACAGCGAAAGCAUCUGAAUUGUAAAUGUUGUGUAUGAUAACAUGUAACGCACACGAAUUACAACCCCCUUACAGAUUACAAUUUUGAUAGACACCGGUAUGCAACAAAUGGAGACAGUGCUUCAGUAGGAUUUGUAAAACUCACAAGGGAUGGGUGUAAAUCACAUUGUUUAUGUACAUAAAUUAUGAACGGAAGAAUACACUAGUUGAGCCCUUGGGAUUUUGUAAAAGGGUAUAUAUUUUGUAAUUUCAGCAUUGUUACAGUAUAUCACCACACAGUAUAUUAGACUUAUUGUAUUAUGCUGGACUGACCAUGUAGAAUACUUUGGGGGUAAUGGGGUAUUUAUUUAUUUAUUCAUUAAUGGUAUUUAUUUAUUUAUUUUAUUGAAAAAAAAUAUUUUAUGUCCAUAUAGCCCCUGAAAAAGAAACACAGAAUGCUGUCAUUUAUAUCAAAGAUACAUUUUUGUUUGAUGUGUCAAUGGAGCUUGAGCUUAUUUAUCUUGUGUUUUCUAUGUUGUGAUCGAUGUACACUACUCUCACAAAGGCCUGUCAAAACUGUUAUAUCUGUUGAAUUAGUGAGUUGCAACAUUACCUGUUGUGCAGCUUCUGAGUAGUAGACUUGAAUAUUUUCAGGGGGGGAAGAAAAAAAACAGAAAAAACAGUUCCCAAGCCACCAGAAGAAGAACAUUUGCUUGUCUAAGUGACUAUUGAUUAUCUCCACCUUUUUCCACCUCCACAAGGGAUUUCAUUGGUCUUGAUAUUUCCAUCUUUAAUAAAGCAUUAGUGAUGAUACUAGCAUAUGCAUUUACCAGAUUAUCUCAUAUUUCCUGAAGUUCUUUCCCUUUUGUAUUUUAAUGGUGGUCCUGUUGUGUUCCGAAGCUGCCACUUAGUCGUCUGUCUUCAGUGUAGCACAUACUCUAUCUCUCGCAUCUUUAGGGACGUACGUGUGUCAAAUAGCAUUUUAGACCGGUCAUCAUCAGUGUUCUGUAGUUUAAAGAAGUGUAAAAGAGUGAUCGCAUCUUAUAAAGUGCCAAACUGACACACAUGCAAUAGAGAAUAUCAAACUAUUAUAUCAUUUGUGAAUCCACUUUUACUGCCUUGAAGAAAAAAACAUAUGCUAAAAGUGAGUGUUUUCUUGUAGGAAAUGCUAUGCAGCAAAAGUUGGCCACACCGAUAUUCCCUCAGACAUUGGUUUUUUUUGUAUAUUUCUUUGUUUGUUUUUGUGUUUUGGUACAGAACCAAUAGCAUGAGGACAAUUGUUCGAAUGUAGACCAGACCAACGAAAACAAAUCAUUGUAUCAGGGUGAACAGGAAGACAUUUCUGAUUCAGACUGAAUCUGACUUUAUCAGUACGCUGGGUUUGUAAAUAACCGAGCAUGUCUUGUGAACAACAGCGGUGCAAAAAAACAAACAUCCUUUAUGGUAUUUAAUUUUUUUCCAUGACGGUAAAAGCUUGUUGAUUAUAUUUUUUGUGCACUCUACUGUAAAUGCAGAGCUAUAAAGGUGUAUGGAAGAUACUGUUUGUAUUCAGUAGUGUGCAUGUUGGAUAUGUUUCAGAAUCAGGACUUAUUCAAUCAUUGGUUUCAUCUGGUCUCAGUCCUUUGCCUGCAUUGACAUGGACUUUUAUUACACUGUACCUAUUUUUGACAAUUUUCUUUAUUUUGGGACCCACAAGUGAGACACAAAUGUGAACCGCACAUGUAGAUAUUUUCUAUUGUUAUGUAUUUUGUCAAGCUGCAGAAAACAAAAUAAUACGCACUGGAAUUACAGAGCUCAAAGGUAUCCAAGAACAAAAUAAAUUUCAUAUGAUCCUCAUACAUACAUUAUGUUAGUUGUUUGCCAUCUAUGUAUAUUUGAGUAUUGUAUAAAAGGGGCACUGAUCAAUUCUGUUAGGGUCUGCAUAAUAUACUAUACAUGUACUGAAAAAAAAACCUUUUCAUAAGGGAAUUGCACAUAGCUGUGGAAUUUUACAAUAAAAUGGUUGCAUUUA